AUGAUCGCAAUACCAGUACUGACUCUUCCACCAUUUGUCUAUCACCGUGAUCGUGGGACCAGGACUGUUCCACCGUUUGUCUACCACCAUGAUCGUGGUACCAGGACUGUUCCACCAUUUGCCUACCACAAUGCUUGUGAUACCAGGACAAUUCCACCAUUUGUAUACCACCAUCAUCCUAAUACCAGGACUGUCCCAACAUUAGUCUAUCACCAUGUUUGUGGUACCAGGACUGCUCCACUAUUUGUCUAUCACCAUGAUCAUGAUACUAGGACUGUUCCACCAUUUGUCUAUCACCAUGAUCAUUGUACCAGGACUGUUCCACCAUUUGUCUAUCACCAUGACUGUCAUACCAGGACUGUUCCACCAUUUGUCUGUCACCAUGAUUGUGGUACCAGGACUGUUCCACCAUUUGUCUACCACCAUGAUCGUGAUACCAGGACUGUUCCACCGUUUGUCUACCACCAUGACUGUGAUACCAGGACUGUUCCACCAUUUGUCUAUCACCAUGAUCGUGGUACCAGGACUCUUCCACCAUUUGUCUACCACUAUGAUCAUGGUACCAGGACUGUUCCAACAUUUGUCUAUCACCAUGAUCGUGAUACCAGGACUGUUCCACCAUUUGUCUAUCACCAUGGUCGUGAUACCAGAUCUGUACCUUUCAGAGACACCUUAUUGAUACUGAAGUAAUUGGAAAAAUCCUUUUUAAAAGUAUUAAUAUCCAGUGUUCAAAUGAUCAUCUCCUAACCAUUUUAUUCAUUAAUCAUCCCUGGUGGUGUCAAUGAUUAUAUUUAUAUCUCUAUACUGAAAAUUUUCAAUUUUUACUGUAUCUUUGCUUUUCCUAAUUUCCGUUGUUGGAAAAAAAAUUCCCUGCCUGCAUUUUCAUUUUUGCCAAAGUUAAUUUUAAUCUAUACUAUUAAAAGUUUUUCUCUUAAGAUAAGACUGUCAGCACAUAAGACCACAACAAAAGAGAGAAUUCACUGAUUUUGAAGCCUUUGUUAAUUUCUGGCUGACAAGAGAUGUAGUUUACUUAGUUAGCUGCUAGUAUCUAUCUAAGUGAGCAGCCAGGGAAAUGUCUAUCAGACUGAUGAUAUGCAAAGACCAAACCGUUCUCUUUGAGUCUUUUAAACUAUUUCAAAAGAGAGGAGAAUAGGUAGCUUCCACAUAUGUGGACAGGAAGGAGAAUACACUAAAAGAAACAGGCAACUAUUUCCCAAAACAGAAUAGAAAAUUAGAUUUAAAUAAACAUUCACCAUUAAAAUUUAUAAAACAUUUUCUCAUGAAAUGUAAUCUCUCUAAACUUACCUAUUAUAUGAAAGUCAGUUCUUAUAUGCCACACUACAGUGAUUGUUGACUGUUGACAUUCAUAUGAACAUAUUUCCAAGUUGAUUAUUUGAAAAAGCAAAUGGACUAUAAUCCUUUAUUUUUGCAGUGAUCUUUUUAAGAUUGUCGAUUUUUUUUCAAAAUAAAACCAAAGAUUUUAAAGAUUGAAAAUGACAUUAAAAUUUAUCUUCUCAAAGUAAUGAUGUUUAACUCUGUGUAUCUUAUUCCUGUUUAUAGUAUAACUGUCAAGUGAUCAUUUAACCAUUCUUUA